AUGGCAGAAAAGGGAUCCAAGAGCGAUGUAGCUGCGACAAACCCGCGAGGCAUACCAUAUGCGCCAUUCGUUGACAAGGUCGAGGAUUAUGUUGCCUCGCGCGCAGAUGUAGAGACCACAUUGAAGAAGUUCCAGGAGAUGAUAUCAAAAUACCAGUUUAUGGAAGCAAAUAAACAGAGAGCAUCAGUCGGGCACAAAGAGAAGAUCCCGGAUAUUCAAAAGACGCUGGAUAUGGUGCGGUUUCUCAAGACAAGAAAACCGGGGUCGGAUCCGAUAGAAUCGACUUUCGAAUUGAACGACACACUCUACGCAAAGGCGAACAUACCACCUACGGAAGAAGUCUAUUUGUGGCUAGGGGCAAAUGUUAUGCUGUCAUAUCCGAUCGAUGAAGCCGAAGAACUACUCACGACGAGGCUAUCAACCGCAAAGCAAAACCUAAUCAAUUGCGAGGAGGACCUUGAUUUUCUAAGAGAGCAAAUCACGACGAUGGAAGUUGCUACAGCACGGGUCUAUAAUUGGGAUGUUACUGUGAAGCGGAAGGAGAAACAGGAUCAAGAAGCGCUGGAGUCAACAACGGGCGACGACGGUUCUCCAAAUGGAUAA